CGGAGCGUCGGCUUUAUUCGGUUGUAAUCGAGCACAGCGGUGAGUAAAGCGUCUGAAACAUGGCUCAGGCCCGAGUUACUGAUUAUUUCUCACAGAGUAAGAAAGCCGGAACGGAUCGAAGCUUAAGGUCGAAGUCUCAGAAGACUCGAACGGCGGCUGAACAGCGUGUGGUGUCCGAGGUGAAGAGCGUCAAGAGCCGGAGCUCGAGGAGCAGCAGGGCCGCCAGCACACAGCAACAAAGCGCGCAGCUGCAGGCGGUGCAGGAGGAGUUUCUCCGGGUUAUAGACGAGGCCGUGUCUGCUCCUCCGGACCAUGUGGAUCAGGAGGAACUCGACCCCGUGCAACAGAGUCCCCGCACCCCGAAGAGGACUUCAGCCGAGGCCGAGUUUGAUCUGGGUUCAACCGUGUUCGCCUCCGCUACCGAGCUCCACAGCACGGCUAAGAAACGCCUCCGAGUCGCUAAAGAGGAGGCCGCCGCCGCCGCCACGAAGAAGACCGCCAGAAAGAAGCUGGUUCUCUCCAAACACGGAGAAACGGAGAAGGCUUUGGCCACCACGCCAACCCGAGAAGACUCGAACAAUGUGGUCGAACAGGGUGCACAUGGUUCCCCCUUGAACAAAGUAAGCAAAUCUAAGCAGACUACCAAAAACAAGAAACAAUUUUCCAGAGAAGACGUGGCAACAUUGAAAGCUCGUCUGCAGAAACUGAAAGGUCAGGCCGAAUCGACGACCUCACCGAAACCAGCCCCGGUGUCGGCCGUCGCCGAGCUCCAGUCUCGACUGGACAGUGCCAGGGAGCUCGCGGUCGAGGUUCAGCAGAGGAAGGAGGAAAGACUCUCGGAGCAGGAGAAAACCAGCGAGGAGCAGAAACGAGACCUGCACAAAGCCGAUGAAGGCACGAAUCUUCCAGCCUACCGGCGCUACCACACUCUAGCCCAAGACGACCCCAAAGUUUCAUUGCUGGUUGAUAUUUGUACCAGAUUUUCAAACGUUGUUUUGUUCAUGCAGAUGGAGAAGGCGUUGGCUAACAUGGCUUUAAAAACAGCAGAAGCGGCUCGUUCUAAAGAGGCGGAUCCUCCAGGAAAACCAGCUGAGACACCCACACAGACCUCCAGCGCUCUCGAGGGCGUGUCCCAGUCUCUGCUGGAGAGGAUCAGAGCCAAAGAAGCGCAGAAACUACAAGCGGCCAUGACCCGGGACCCGAAACGAGAGGAGCGCCUGUCGAUGAUGUCGCACCUGCCGGAGAUGGCCCGGAUCCUGAGGAACGUGUUCGUGGCCGAAAAGAAACCCGCUCUGACCAUGGAGCUGGCCUGUAAUCGCAUGACUCGUAGCUACCGCUCGUCUCUCGGCGCAGGUGAAAUGGAAAAACAGCUCCGUCUGCUGGCCGACUCGGUACCAGAGUGGCUGACGCUGCACCCGAUCAGAAAAGACGUUUACCUCAAGCUGAACAAGAACACGAACGUGAGCCUGGUUUUGGAGAAACUAAAUCGGAAGAUAAAGGAAGAAGAGCGAUGCUGACGAAGUAAACGUCGGACUUUGAACGAUGUGCAAUAGUUUUUAAAUCGUUGUACCGGCUGUUUUAGACACUGUUUAAAAGUGAAAUGUUUUGUAGUAACGUGUAAAAUCGAAUUGUGAUUUUCGAUCGACUCGUUCGAUGUAACCGUACACUGUCCGAGCGGUCACGACUGUAUGAUCGAGGAGGAUGUCGUUGCUCAAAUGUUCAAUAAACAAGUGAUUGUGUGUUAAAA